AUAUUGUUUGCGUUGAAGGUUGCAUUCAAUUUUCUCAAUUUCUUGAAAACCCAACAUUCAAAGACCAAGAAUAUCAACACCCAACUUCUCAAUUUCAGUAAAGUUUCAGUCUUUAUCAAUCUUGACCCAAAAUACGUUGAAUUUUCACAAUAUCUUGAAAACCCAACAUUAAAACAUCAAGAAAAUCAACACCCACUAUCUGAAUUGCUAUAAAGUUUCAAUCUUGACCCAAAAUGGUGGUAAAGAUGAUGAAAUGGAGACCUUGGCCACCAAUAUUAUCAAGAAAGUUUGAGGUGAAAGUGGUGGUGAAAAAGAUGGAAUUUGGGGGUUGUGAUCCUGUACAUGCGGACACAGAGAAAGAUUAUCAUAGGGUUGUGGAGAUCAAGUGGAAAGGACCCAAGAUCACUCUUGGUUCAUUGAGGAGAACAGUGAAGAGAGAGGUUACAAAAGAUGGGAGUAUUGUUGAUCCAAACGGUGUCGUUUUUGUGGGAUCAAGAAUUUUGUUCAGUUUGUACCCUUUCUGGUAUAAAGAAAAUGAGUUUCUUCCUUGGGAGAUUGGGUUCAAAGUCUUAAAUUUCUUUCAUACAUUUUGAUUCGAUGGUAUUUAAUUCGAGUUAGUUUCUGUUUAAACCUGCCGCAAUGAGGGAGGGAUUGGUACGUUUUCUUUAUCUUUUACUUGGUUCAACUUUCGAUAUAAAUUUUGCUCAAGAACCACAUAUCUACGUUUCGAGUUAGUAUAGUUUUUAACAUAGCAUUUUUUGGGCUAAAAUAUAAUAUAUUUUCAUUCGA